AUGCUCCGUAGCUUCUCAAGAAUGGUUCACAACAGAGUUACUAUUGUGGGAUCGGGCCCCGCCGCCCACACCGCCGCCAUCUACCUUGCCAGAGCGGAAAUGGAACCCACGUUAUACGAAGGGAUGCUUGCUAACGGCAUCGCUGCCGGUGGUCAGCUUACCACUACCACAGACAUUGAAAAUUUCCCUGGGUUCCCCGAUGGGAUCAACGGUACCACCUUGAUGGAAAAAAUGAGAGCUCAAUCGGAAAGAUUCGGCACUAAGAUCAUCACCGAAACCAUCUCGAAGUGUGAUUUCUCUCAAAGACCUUUUAAGUUGUGGACUGAGUGGAACGAAGACGGCGAACCCAUCACCACUGACGCCGUGAUCAUUGCCACUGGUGCCUCUGCCAAGAGAAUGCACUUGCCUGGUGAAGACACCUACUGGCAACAGGGUAUUUCCGCCUGUGCUGUCUGCGAUGGUGCCGUCCCCAUUUUCAGAAACAAGCCCUUGGCCGUUGUUGGUGGUGGUGACUCCGCCUGUGAAGAAGCUUUGUUCUUGACCAAGUACGCUUCCAAGGUGUACUUGCUUGUGAGAAGAGACCAAUUGAGAGCCUCUACCAUCAUGCAAAAGAGAGUCAAGGAACACGAAAAGUUGGAAAUCUUGUGGAACACCGAAGCCCAGGAAGCUCUUGGCGAUGGCAAGUUGUUGAACGAACUUAAGGUGUUGAACAACAAGACCAACGAAGUCUCUAAGUUGCAAGUGAACGGGUUGUUCUACGCUAUUGGCCACAUCCCCGCCACCCAAGUGUUCAAGGACCAACUUGAAACUGAUGAAUCCGGCUACAUUAUCACCAAGAACGGCACAGAAACCUCGGUGGAAGGUGUAUUUGCUGCUGGUGACGUCCAAGACAAGCGUUACAGACAAGCUAUUACCUCUGCUGGUACCGGGUGCAUGGCUGCCCUUGACGCUGAGAAGUACUUGUCGGAGCUCGAAUAG